CACACCUACAACCACAACCAACCACCACUACACACACACCUACAACCAACCAGCACCACCACCACACACCUACAACCAACCAGCACCACCACCACUACACACACACACGCCGGAGCAACACUUACCUUACUUAAUGCAGCAACGUGGGUAGGAGGGGGGGGGGGGGUCACGCACAAACCCAUUUUAUGAGCGAGCUGAACUCUGGACCUAUCCGACUCAAGAACGCGGCGGCGCCAGCGUCAUCAUCAUCAUCAUCGUCUAAAAUAUUUUUUGUAAAACAUUUGUUGGGGACUAUCGGCGCGAUGAAUCCGGCCGCAGCGAGACGUCCUGGCGGGAGUUCCGCCGUGCUGAGGCUCACCCGGGUACUCUUCCUCGCCGUGGCGUUCGUGGCUACCUUCAUGCUCGGCAGCAUCAGCCGCGACUACACCCAGAGCGAGCUGGGUCACGAUCAGAGAUCCGCCUGCAGGGAACCCCGCGAGCUGCAGGACGCUGGGCGGUCGGCGCUGAGACCCACGGCGGCCAGGAGCCCCAAGGCGACAACGACGGCAAUGCCUCUGGGGGACGCGUACCCACAUGAUGACACCUACACACGUUCUGGGUGCAAGAAUAACGUGCGGGCGCUGGCGCUGCGUGCCGACGCGUGGCUGCGCGCGGCGUUCAUCCCAGACACACGCGUGCUCGCGUGGAGCGAGCACGCCACGGCGCAGGAGUACGAGCGCCUCAAGCGCUUCCAGCUCAUCUACGGCUGGGGUGGCAAGAACUUCUCGCUCGUGGCCACCGCUCUGCGGCUGCUCAACACGAGCGCCAACCGCCACAUGUUCGACGACUGGAGCGAGCGAUGGAGGCGGCAGCGGCGGCGGGCACCGGCGUGCGUCGCCUGCGCCGUCGUGGGCAACGGCGGCAUCCUCAACGGGUCGCGCCUGGGCCGCGAGAUCGACAAGCACCACUACGUCUUCCGGGUGAAUGCCGCGAUGACCCGGGGCUACGAGGACGACGUGGGGAGCAGAACGAGCUUCUACUUCUUCAGCACCAACACCAUGCGCAACUCGCUGGGCCGAUACCGCAAGCUGGGAUACACCUCGCCGCCCAACACGCCAGAGACGCGCUACGUCUUCAUCCCGGACAGCGUGCGUGACUACCAGAUGGUGCAGGCCGCCAUCACCAACACGCCCGUCGCCUACGGACGCGACCGCUCCAAACUACCUCCCACCUUCUUCGGCAGCAAACCGGGGCCGGAGAAGUUCAAAAUGCUCCAUCCCGAUUUCUCCCGCUACCUACGGAACAGGUUCAUGAUGUCCUCGCGGCUCAAGGGGCGUCUCCGCGUGAUCUACAGGCCCAGCACGGGAGCCAUGAUGCUGCUCACUGCACUGCACACCUGUGACGUGGUGGACGCCUACGGAUUCCUGACCGAGGACUACACCAGGUACUCGUGCUACUACUACGACAAGGUGAAGCACGCCGUGCCCUUCGUAGCCAACCACGACAUGAAGCUGGAGCUGGCGCUGUGGGCACGCCUGCACAAGUCCAAGAUGAUCCGACUCUACAUGGGAAAGGGCGAUUGACGCACGACGAACUGCGAGCGUGCUGAGAAGUGGUGG